AUGGCAAAAGUUGCUACGCGUGGUCCUGUAUCCUCCAAUGCGCUUCAGUUUGGUGGGGGGCCUUCCAAGGUUGGAACAGCUGCUAAGAGGAAGACACCUUCAGAAUUGAGGGGAGAACAAUUGAAGCGAAAGAAUGUAGUGGAGAUUGUUGAUGAAUAUCCAGUUCCUGAAAUUGGUCUUCGAAAGGCCACUGCUGCAGUAAUUUCUGGGCUUAAGAAAACUGAUUUAUCUAAGAACCCAAGAUAUGUUGAGACUCGUAUGGAUGGAGUAUAUCCUAUCAGAAAAAACAUAAUUAGGAUGAGGGCGCUUUCCAGAAAAGAUAACGUGAAGGAAAGCAGUCCUCUUGAGCAUACUGGUGGCCCAAAGGGUUGUGCUGUUGCAUCAGAUGUUGCUGCUGAAGGCCAACAGCAGCUUCCACAUCUGGAUAACUGUCUGGCUUCAACUGCAGUUUCCGAAGAUGGAUUGAUGCCAGCUUGUAAAACAACUGAAAAAUGUGGUGAGAACAAAUUCCGCAGUGUUACAGAACUAUCAGCAGGUGCAGAAAACAUAUUUGGCAUGGAAUCUGUUGACCUGGAUAAAGCACUGAAGGAACUGGUAGCUCAUCAACCUCCUCCCUUUUCUAGUACGGGUAUUGCUUCUGAAAAAGUAGGCAAUUUUGCAUUGGGAAGUUUAUGCUCUGAAUUCCAUAUUCCUGCACGAAGGACUCCUCUGGAUUUUACACUAAAAACAACAAUAAGGGUGGUGUCUCCUUGCUCUGUAAAUUGCUUAUUGCUUGUGCUAGAAGCAUUAAGAGGUUACUUGUGUGAAGAUGUGGUGAAUGUGAUGAGGUCCUAUGGUGCAUUGGCUGUGAUUUGCAUGGUCCAACAAUUUGGUGCUAGCUUGUAUAGGUUUCAUAGGCUUAUCAAUCGUGCUACCUAUAGCGGCGUGCCACAGUUUCCUUGUACCCUCCUGACUGGCUGUUCUGGAGGUCAAAAAAUGAGUAGCUUGUAUAAAGGUGCUUCUACCCAAUUUGCUAAACCAAGAGCUUUACAUUCAUGGGUGUAUCCGCAGUCUUCUCUGCCACCUUCUGUUAUAUCAGCAUUAACUCUUUCCGGAGCAGAAGGAGUCCAGAUGGAUUUCUUGAGUAAAAGGCAGUUGGCAUGGGAGGAUGCUUUUCGCUGUCUUUAUUUCAUGCUGCGCAACAGGGUUUGUGAUAUUUUUUAUGGUAACUAA